AUGAGUUCGAAUCAACCCAUGCAAACCAAUGCUGUAAAUAACCCCUUAUUUUACCCGAAUUUCAAAGCUUUGUAUCCCAAUUUCCGAAAUGAAGUUAGCGAUGAUGAAUACUUCCAGAGUUUGCCUCCUGGCUAUCGUUUUAAGCCUACUCAUGAUGAACUUAUUGUUCAUUACUUGACGAAAAAGAUCAAGAAAGAGAAUCUACCUCGCAAUAAGAUUAACGUUGUUAAUCUGUACGAGUUCAACCCUGAAAUUCUUGCUGUGAAUAAUCCACCACCAGUGCAACAAUCGAGUGCAGACGACAUGAAGUUGGACGAUUGGGUUCUGUGUAGGAUCAGAAAGAACGAGAAUAGAAAGCGAAAAAGAGAUGAUCAGAUUCAAGAACUAGAUAAUAACACCGAUGAAGGUGCAUGUCACCAAGAAAAUAAACGUAGAGCUUCUGAAGAUUCCAUCAAUGUUGCACCAGAAGACAAUUUGCCUAAUUAUAAAUCCAAGAUUGCAUUGGUCGACUCCUUUAUCAACGAUAAAUAUCAGAAUCUCCCUAACACGGAUGUUCAUAAUACUCUAUUCAUUCCCCAACAUCAGAAUACAUACUGCGAUCCAGUUCCCAUUCCCAUUGUUCCACCAAAUCAUUCGAUGGGAGGUUAUCUUUACAGCCGAUAUCCAGUUAGAUAUAUGGCGGACGUGAGAGGAGGACUAUAUCUUCCAGAGAUGGACAUAAAGGAGUUAAUCUUGGGUUCAGUUCCUGGUACCGACUCCCUGGAUUCAGUUGUUAACUUAUAG